CACUCCUUUGAUUUUUGCAAUCGCGCCAUGUCCUUCUGCCGGACUCGAGCGGACAAUGAAGUUAUGGGAUAGUCUGACCACUUGUUUGAUACUGCUGAGCGCCACGGUGCACGCCAGCUCGCUGCUCCGCUCCACCAAGAGGGGAGGGCGCGCCGCCGAGGGUCCCCUGGAGCUCCCACCGGUUCAGAUCCGUCUGUCACUCACCUCCCCGGGCAUCAGCCGCGCUCGGGCGGACACAGCGGACUGGGAGGAGACGCUGGCUGGAGACAUCAUGGAGGAGCCCCCACAGGAGGAAUUUGAAGACGUGGUGGACUUCAUCAGGGUGACCAUCAGUCGAAUACGCCGCUCCUCUUCGUCCACCGUGUCCUCAUCUACCUCCUCGCCCGCCGCCCUCUCUCCCCCUGAAGAGGACUCGAGCAGCCGGGCUCGACACAGGAGGGGGAGGAAGAAGGGGGCGAGCCAUCAGAGCCGGACUGGAGGACGACUGGGGGCUACGGGGGGGGAGACGGGGAGGAAGGUGAGAACUAAGGGACGAGGGCCGGGCUGCAUGCUCAAACAGAUCCAGCUCAACGUGACCGACCUCGGACUCGGGUACCGCUCCAGCGAGGAAAUGAUCUUCAGGUACUGCUCGGGACCCUGCAGGAAGUCGGAGACAAACUACGACAAGAUCCUUUACAACCUCGCUCACAACAGGAGGCUCCCCGCCAAAGACACGCCCCCUCAGGCCUGCUGUCGGCCAAUAGCGUUCGACGAUGACCUCUCGUUCCUGGACGACAACCUCGUCUACCACACCGUGAGGAAACACUCUGCCAGAAGAUGUGGCUGUGUGUAGAGAGCGUGAACUGGUGUCGAGCUUUGUGUGAUUUUUACGUUCAUUCUGAUGUUGAGUGUUUUUUUUUCUCCAGAUUUUUCUCACUAACAUGAAACUCUCUGACCGUUAUGGACUAAACGCCUUUUUGCGGCAACUAGUAAACGUAUCU